AUGGAGUGGCUUCGAAAUUCAAUCGACCAGACUUAUCCUCCCAAACCCGUAUGGUCAAUUGACCAAAUUCCUGAUCUCUCGGGCAAAGUCGUCAUCGUGACUGGCGGCAACACGGGGAUAGGGAAAGAAAGUGUACGAGCACUGCUCGUUCAUAAUGCCACCGUAUACAUGGCCUCGAGGAGCGAGGAACGCGCUCAAAGCGCGAUUGCCGAGCUCAAAGAGGUCACGGGGAAGGAGCCCAUUUUCCUUCGCUUGGAUCUAGGAAAUUUGAGCAACAUACGGAAAGCGGCGGAAGAGUUUUUGAGGAAAGAGAAGCAGUUGCACGUCCUGAUGAACAACGCCGGUGUGAUGUAUCCUCCCAUAGAUCAAGUGACGGAUGACGACUACGAUAUGCAGUUUGGGACUAAUGUUAUCGGCCACUUCCAUUUCACGCAGUUGCUCAUGCCUGCACUCCUAUCAGCGGCGCAAUCUUCACCGGACAAGCAUGCUCGCAUCGUCACGGUCUCUUCAUGGGGGCACGAAUUUUGGCCUGGUUUGGAAUACGACACUUUCUCCGACGGACCGGCCAGGCGCAAAUGCUCCACGCAGUAUCUGUACAGCCAAAGUAAAUACGGAAACGUUGUCGUGGCUCGAGAAUUAGCUCGACGAUAUGGUGACCAAGGGAUUGUGUCAAUUUCACUACACCCUGGGUCUAUCAAUUCGGAACUCGCAAGGCAUUCUCCGGGGUUCAGCUUCUGGGGCAAGCUCCUAGGAUAUGAUACAGCUCAUGGCGCCCUCACACAACUGUACGCGGCGACAGCACCUGAAGCGGCUAACCUCAAUGGCCAGUACCUCAAACCGUGGGCAAGACUCGGUAAAGCUGUCCCCUCUACUCAAGAUCCUGAAGUAGCUGCCAAACUCUGGGCAUGGCUUGAAGCAGCGGUUGCCGGUAAAUGA